UCUUAGUAUAUACUGCUCGAUCGCCCAAUUCUAUAACCUCAACACUGAUAUAGCUAGCUAAAAUGGAAACCCUACCGAUUCUCUCCGCCCUAUUUGCUGCCACAUCCGUAUACCUCUUCUGGUUCUACCUCUUGGCUAGAAAACUCACCGGCCCGAGCGUCUGGCCAGUUGUGGGCAGCCUUCCGUUACUCUACUCAAAUCGGAAGCAAAUCCAUGAUUGGAUCACGAGCAACCUCCGCGCCACCGGCGGUUCCGCCACCUACCAAACAUGCACGCUUGCUCUCCCCUUCGUGGCUCGCAAGCAAGGGUUGUACACCGUGACAAGCAACCCUAAAAACAUCGAGCAUAUUCUCCGUGCCCGGUUCGAUAAUUAUCCCAAGGGCCCGACGUGGCAGGCAGCUUUUCAUGACCUUUUGGGGGAAGGGAUAUUCAACAGCGACGGAGAGACGUGGCUGAUACAGAGGAAGACGGCUGCUUUGGAGUUCACGACACGGACGUUGAGGCAGGCCAUGGCUCGGUGGGUGAACCGGACGAUCAGGAACCGGCUUUGGUGCAUUUUGGAUAAGGCGGAGAGAGAUCACAUCGCGGUGGACUUGCAGGACCUUCUGCUUCGCUUGACAUUCGACAACAUUUGUGGACUCACAUUCGGCAAGGACCCGGAAACGCUGUCGCCGGAUCUACCCGACAACCCAUUUGCAAAGGCUUUCGACAACGCCACUGAAGCCACCCUCCAGCGCCUCCUCUACCCCGCUUUCCUAUGGAGAAUCCAGAAGUUCUUCGGUCUCGGCGCCGAGCGACAGCUCGAGAAGAGCCUCAAAGUCGUUGGGGACUACAUGAACGACGCCGUCGCCGCCCGCAAGUUGACACCGUCCGACGACCUCAUCUCCCGCUUCAUGAACAAGCGCGACGUCGACGGCAACCCAUUCCCAAGCGCGGUCCUCCAGCGCAUCGCUCUUAACUUCGUCCUCGCCGGCCGCGACACGUCGUCGGUUGCGCUCAGCUGGUUCUUCCACCUCAUCAUGGAAAAUCCCCACAUCGAGGAGAAAAUCAUCGCCGAGAUCUCGAAGGUGCUGAAACAGACACGUGGUGAUGAUCCGCGGCUAUGGACGGAGGAGCCCUUGGCGUUCGACGAGGCGGAUAAAUUGGUUUACUUGAAGGCAGCGCUGGCUGAGACUUUACGACUAUACCCCUCCGUGCCGGAGGAUUUCAAAUACGUCGUGAAAGACGACGUUCUGCCUGACGGGACUUUCGUGCCGGCCGGUUCGACGGUGACGUAUUCGAUUUACUCGGUGGGGAGGAUGAAGAGCAUUUGGGGUGAGGAUUGCAUGGAGUUUAAACCGGAAAGGUGGAUCUCGGCCGACGGGAACCGGUUCGAACCGCCCAAGGACGGUUACAAGUUCGUGGCGUUCAAUGGUGGACCGAGGACUUGUUUGGGGAAGGACUUGGCUUACCUGCAGAUGAAAUCGGUGGUUUCCGCCGUGCUUUUGCGUUACCGGCUGUCUCCAGUUCCCGGUUUCCGGGCCCAGCAGAAGAUGUCGCUCACGCUCUUCAUGAAGAAGGGGCUUCAGGUGCAUUUGCAUCCACGUAAGCUAGGUGUUGGGCCAGGUCAUGUGGCUGCCACCUCAGCAUAGGCAGAGGUAUUUUCGGGAUUGUUGGCAUGUGUGUGAAGAAAUUUUUUAAUAUGCUGAAAACACGGAGCCAUAUAUUAUAUAUUAUUAUGCAAGUAGAAAAAGUUUCUUUUCACUUGUAUGAUGAUGUAUGACAUAUGUAUUCGUGUUUCAGACACACUGAAAAUCUCUCAGGGAUGAUGGGGAUACAGAAGUCAUUUAAUUUGUUUUUACUUUUAAAAUGUAUAAUGUUGUCAAAUGUUGUUGGUUUUUAUUGGGUGGGUGGGUUGAAUGGGUGAGUGAGGGUUGCUCACCUAAGUUGGAAGAUUUGAUGAUGUCCUUACAUUGUUAAUUA